UUUCUCUAUUUCUCAUUCACAAAGUUCACAACAGUGCCGUUACUUGCUCUCUCAGCCUCAGCAGAAUCUUGGAGCACACCCUUUCGAUUCUGAGGAAUGCCCUCUUCUAAAAAUGUUUAAUUUCUUAUUGAGGAAGGAUGUUCGAAAGAUUCUCAAGCGCAAAGAUAGCGAUGCUGGGGAAAGAGGAAGAGCACUGGAAGACUUGAGAGGCUCUCUGUAUAAUGAAUUUCGUUCCUCUGAAGGUGCAAAACGUCAACAGCAGCGAACAUGUGGUCCAGCAGCAGCACUUUCCUUCAAUUUUCUGGUUGCAGUUGGUAUUAUCUUCAUGAACAAAAUGGUUCUUCAAACUGUUAAAUUCAAAUUCCCUAUACUUCUCUCACUAAUUCACUAUUUAGUGAGCUGGUUCUUAAUGGCUGUACUAAAUGCAUUUUCUUUGCUCCCGACAUCUCCUCCUUCAAAAUCAACUCAGCUGUCUGCUUUAUUUACUCUUGGAUUUGUUAUGUCUCUAUCGACUGGCCUUGCUAAUGUCAGCUUGAAGUAUAAUAGCAUUGGUUUCUAUCAGAUGGCAAAGAUUGCAGUAACUCCUUCAAUAGUUAUGGCAGAAUUUGUAUUGUUCAGAAAGAAAGUUUCUUUGCCCAAGGCUUUAGCAUUAACGGUGGUAUCUAUUGGUGUUGCUGUGGCUACAGUGACUGAUCUGCAAUUCCAUGUAUUUGGUGCCUCUGUAGCAUUAGCAUGGAUUGUACCUAGUGCUGUAAACAAAAUCCUCUGGUCCAGACUGCAGCAGCAAGAGAACUGGACAGCUUUGGCGUUGAUGUGGAAAACAACACCUAUUACUUUAAUUUUUUUGGCUGCUAUGUUACCAUGCUUAGACCCUCCCGGUGUACUUUCCUUUGACUGGAACUUCAGUAACACAUCAGUGAUACUUGCAUCAGCUAUUCUUGGAUUUUUGCUUCAGUGGUCUGGUGCUUUAGCACUAGGUGCUACGUCCGCCACCUCGCAUGUUGUUCUUGGGCAGUUUAAGACAUGCAUUAUCUUACUGGGGAAUUAUUAUCUCUUUGGAUCCAAUCCUGGGAUAAUCAGUAUCUGUGGGGCAUUCACAGCUAUUGCUGGCAUGUCUGUUUACACUUUCCUUAAUCUGAAGCAGCAAUCAACGAAGAUUUUUCCACGUCAGGCCUCCCUUUUACCAAAAUCUAAACUUGGCCUAGAAAAUGGCAGUUCCCAUAACGGACAUUAUAAUGCAGAAUCCGUUUAGCAAAAUUAUCAACACUGCAUCAUUACACGAGAUUAUAUGACACUUAUUAACUAAGCAUUUUUCCUUUUUUUCUAUGAUUUUGUAGAUUACUUCUAACCAUUUUGGUUUUGAUGCUUGAUAGUAGUAUGUCAAAUAUAAUUUAAUAUUAAACAUGUAGUAUGAUACAUGGUUCUAUCGCACAAGGCAAGUGCUGCUCGAGUUAGAACUCAUUCAUCUGUAAAUGAAUUCUUUCUUGGAUUCUUCUCUGGAGUUACAGUUUUCUCUGGCUUUUAGAAUUUUAGCUACUGUUACAUUUUGUAAUUGUAACAGAACAAAACUACUAUUUGGCUUUCAAUUUGCUACAUUUCAUUAUGGAGAAAGAGGGUUGGCCUCAAUUUUAUUUGUAGCAAGAGUGGAACUAUGCAGUCUUAAUUUAUAAUUUGUAGCACGAUGCCUUUUCUUAGCAUAUACAUAUGUGUGUGUGUGUGAUUU